AGAAUAUGGCCAACCAGACCCCCAAUUCCCCUCGAUAAACUGAGGAUAGUAACAUUUAUACACUGUUAUCCAGAGUUCGCCUACCUCUGGGUAACAGAAGUAUACAAAAACCUCAAAAGCAAUUGUUUCUAUUUCUCCUCUCCAUCACACUGGUGUAAAUCAGGAGUAACUGCACUGGAGUCCAUUGAGCUGAUUCUAUUUUUCUCACCCCAGUGUAAAUCAGGAGUAACUCCACUGGAGUCACUGGGGCUGUUUUCCCCAUCCUCAUUCCCAUAUUACACCAAUCUUCACAAGCUAAGGGUCUGACUCAAGGAAAUUAAGGUGGUUUUCACAAAAAGAGAGAUAUUUUUACUGAUCUGAUGUUUUCCCUUGUUUUCUUCUCUCCCUCCGCAGACAUGAAACAAUGUCCUGAGAAAGAAAAUGUCCAACCAAACCACCUUGACCGAGUUCCUUCUCCUGGGAUUCUCUGAAGUUCGGGAGUUGCAGAUUUUGCACUUUGUGGUGUUUCUAGUGAUUUACCUGGCAGCCCUGGUGGGGAAUAUUCUUAUCUUCACUGUUAUAGUCUUCGACUACAACCUUCACACCCCCAUGUACUUCUUCCUGAUGAAUCUGUCCAUCCUAGACCUUGGCUCCAUCUCUGUCAUUGUCCCCAAAUCCAUGACCAACUCCCUCAUGAACACCAAGUCCAUUUCCUAUGCUGGAUGUAUUGCUCAAGUCUUAUUCCUCGUCUUCUUGGUGGGAGCGGAUUUUUCCCUUCUUACCACCAUGGCAUAUGACCGAUAUGUUGCCAUCUGCCAACCACUGCACUAUGAGACAAUGAUGAACAGCAGAGCUUGUGUCCAAAUGGUAGCUGGUGCCUGGAUUGGUGGAAUUCUCAACUCUGUACUACACACUGGGAACACGUUUGCAUUGACCUUCUGUGGAGGCAACAUGGUGGAUCAGUUCUUCUGUGAGAUCCCUCAGCUACUCAAGCUUGCCUGCUCUGAUUCAUAUCUUAGCGAAGUUGAGGUUCUUGUGUUUAGUUCGUGUUUAGUCUUAGGCUGUUUUAUUUUUAUCACUGUGUCGUAUGUUCAGAUCUUCAAAUCAGUGUUGAGAAUCCCCUCUGAACAGGGUCGACAUAAGGCCCUAUCCACCUGCCUUCCUCAUCUCACUGUGGUCUCUUUGUUUGUUUGCACUACCAUUUUUGCCUACCUGAAACCCACCUCCAGCUCCCCAUCUGCUCUCGAUCUUGUGAUGGCUGUUCUCUAUUCUGUAUUGCCACCUAUCAUGAAUCCAAUUAUCUAUAGCAUGAGGAACAAGGAGAUGAAAGCUGCCCUGAGGAGACUGACUGGGUGUAGGUAAUUCACCAAUAAUUCAUUUCUGUCUUUAUCUAAUAAAAGUUUGCUUACUUAGUAUCUGCUCAUUAAUGUCAGUGAUUUCCAUGACCAGACAGCUUGCACACAACCGGGUCUGAUUCUGAUGUCAGUUGCACCAAAGCAAAUCCAGAUUAACUCCCUUGAUGUCAAUGCUGCUGGGGUGAUUUACACCAGUAGAAAAUCUGGUCCAGAUGUGGAGGUAAAUGGGUGUAAAUUGUGUGUGCAAAAGAAAUCAGACUUUCAUUCUGUGUGAAAACAAUACCCGUUACACUGCUUGGCCAC